CUAAUAAAUGUGUCCAGUCUCCAUCAGAAGGGCCUCCAGAUCUUUGCCUUAAAAUGUCUAGUUGAAUAUAAAGUCUUCUGCAGGUGAAAUCAAAUGCAGCCUGCUUAGGUCAAGUACAAGGACUUUGGAUUUGCAUCCUGUAUAGUUAGUUGCUGGAUCCUGGUCCAGUUUUCUUCUAUCUCUGUUGAGUAGAAAUGGCCUGAUAGUUCACAAGGAAGAAGUAAGGAGGAGUCAAGAAAGGAGGACUCUUGCCCAACCCUCUUCUCCAGGGCUGGGCAAAGGAGCACCAGUGAGAAGGACACUUACGGCAGCAGCGUGUGGUCUCCACAGAAUUUACAACAUCGAGAAUGUUUAAAAACACCAGGGGCGAUUCCUGUGUAUGUGGCUGUUGAACUCUCAGCCACGAGGAGCUUGAAACUCUGUUCUUCUUGCCAUGGUUCAUGAAUCACAGGGUCCCACCGAACAAGAGGUACCAGCCUACAGAAUAUGAACACGCAGCUAACUGUGCUACCCAUGCCUUCUGGAUAAUUCCCAGCAUCCUUGGCAGUUCCAUCCUUUACUUUCUGUCCGAUGACCACUGGGAAACAGUUUCAGCUUGGAUCUAUGGAUUUGGUCUGUGUGGCCUCUUUGUUGUCUCCACCAUCUUCCACACCAUCUCCUGGAAGAAGAGACACCUCAGGACCGUGGAACAUUGUCUGCACAUGUUUGAUCGGAUGGUGAUAUAUUUCUUCAUAGCUGCAUCCUAUGCCCCCUGGCUCAACUUGCGGGAACUGGGCCCCUGGGCCUCUCACAUGCGCUGGAUUAUCUGGAUCAUGGCCAGCGUUGGGACUGUCUACGUCUUCUUCUUCCACGAGAGGUACAAACUUGUGGAGCUCCUGUGCUAUGUUGUAAUGGGAUUUUUUCCUGCUCUGGUGAUCCUCUCUAUGCCCAACAGAGAUGGAAUCUUGGAGCUGAUGGCCGGAGGAAUCUUUUACUGCUUCGGGAUGCUGUUCUUCAAGAGCGAUGGGCGGAUUCCCUUUGCUCAUGCUAUCUGGCAUCUCUUUGUGGCGUUUGGAGCAGGCACCCACUAUUAUGCUAUUUGGAGGUACCUCUAUCAUCCCAACACGCUGGAGGCCGAAGUGUCCAAAUGAGAUGCCUUACAGUUUCCAGGUGACUGUGGCACCCUGGAGCAGAGUAUUAUAGGAAACAUUCCUAGCCAGAGCUCCGGGGCCCAUAUUUUACUUCUAUUGCUGGAUUCUUUUGGUGGGGCUUUGGAUCUCUGAUGGCUACUAGACCCAAAGGAACCAGAUGCUUGAAAGGAGAUCUAAAUGCUUGUUGGGGGCGAAAACAAAACCGUUAACCAGUUUUCUUUGUUUAUAUUUUAGAGAAAUGUCUCAUUAUAAAUCCCAACACUAAUGUCUUCUGGAAAAGGAGAAACGUAGGGACUUUUUGUGUAAAGACUGUGAUUCCAAGGUCCUGAAAAGUUCUGAAACAGGAUAACUCACCUCCAGUGAGGAAGCCGAAUCCAAUGCUCACAAAAGUCACUAGAGCCCAAGACUCCUGCUGCUCUGGUCCUGGAAUUGUCCCUGGAUUUGAAAAGAAAAAACAACCUCAGGUAGAAUUACUUUGACCCUUGGUGGUUCUUAUCAAAGCAAAAUAACCCCCGAUCAGGAAUUUUUGCUACUGUCUGGUUGGGGAGGUUGUCCAGAUCUGUUGAGACCAAGCAAAAAAUGGCUGCCGCUUGGUUUUCUUUGCGAUAGCUAACGCUGUUCUCUUCCUCCAGCCUUUAGAUAACACCCCUGAAGAGGGACAUCUUCUGCCUGAAAGGAUCUUGCUAUCCCCUGAGGAGAUUAAGGUUCCUUCUCAGUAUUUGUGCCAGUUUGUCCCACUGUGCUGCUGGGAGGUUUUGGGUAGAUUCAAAAGAAAACAUGCAGUCAGUGAUCUAGAAGUGUGUGAGGCUAGUGGAUAAGAGCUGGAGGAUGACUUCUCCAACCAGGUCUGAAAUGUUCUGGGUGAGAAAUUGUGGGUAAAUCUUUCCAGCAGCGGUUUCUGCCAUAGUUUUAAGUUUUUAUUAAGAGAAGCAGCGUGGCGCAGUGGAAAGAGCACGGGCUUUGGAGU